AUGGAUAUCGAUUUAGAACCAAUUCCCGAGGAGGAACCAGAAGAGGUAGAACCCGAGAUAGAACCCGAAGUUGAGCCUGACGAGUCCGAGGAGCCUGAGGAGGAACCGGAAUAUAUAAUCCCGUUCGAGCAGUAUAUGGAUCUCAACUUUGUGCCGGAAUACUAUUUCUUUGAUGUAUUAGCUGAGGAGGUUCAGAAUGAAGUUCCAGCUGAGUCGGGUGACAUUAAUCACCUGAUUGAAAUUGAGGCUGAACCAGAGUCCUCGGAUGAGCAGACUGUUCAAGAGAACUCAGAUUCUGAGGACGAGGAAUCAGAUUCUGAAUGGACGCCGAGUAAGGGGCGUAGAGGAGCGAUAGAAAAUCUUGGGGUUGAGGCUGGAGCUGCAGUGGACCCUAGAGUGGAAGUUAGACCUGUUGAGGAUCCUAGAAUGGAAGCCGUUAUGAGGACAUUGGAACAGAUCGGAAAUCUGUUAGGAUAG